CUUACAUACAUAUUUAGAGACAAAGAUUACAUACAUAUGGCAGAGCUGGAGUUACAUCAAAGUAAAGCUUCUAAUGGACGUUUGAAGCUAUUUGGGUUCAACGUAACGGAAGACGAAGAAGUAGAGUCGACGAAAACGCCGUCUGGGUCGCCGGAGUCCGGCGGGUUUCCGUCGUCGGACGGCCGGAAGUACGAGUGCCAGUAUUGUUGCCGGGAAUUCGCGAAUUCUCAGGCGCUGGGGGGCCAUCAGAAUGCUCAUAAGAAAGAGAGACAGCAAUUGAAGCGUGCCCAAAUGCAGGCUAGCCGGAACGCCACGCUUUCGUACAUUCGGAACCCUAUGGUCUCCGCCUUUUCGCCGCCGGCCCACCUCCUGGCUCCGGCGGCCGGCCCCGUCGUCAUCCCCGCCGGCGCCGCCGCGUCGCCGUCGUGGGUGUAUGUCCCACGCGCCCCGCCGCCCUUCCACGUGUCCCACGGCUGCGUUUUCCCGGCGUCCGCCGCCGCGAGAGGCGGCGUGUCCUACGCCGCCGCCGGCGUGGCGGAUUCGGCCGUUACGGCCGUUGGGCGCCCGUCGGUCCAGGCCCAUAGCGCGAAAAUUGAUGGGCCGUCGUUGAGCCGGUUCUCUAGAGCCGAUGGCGGGCCCAAUUUCGACGACGCAUUCGGCUUGGAUCUGCAUCUAAGCCUAGCGCCAGCUGCGCCUUGACUCGACUCGACUCUCACUCACAAGUCGCAGCUCCUCCGCCGAGUCGGCUUGGAUUGGCUAUAGACUAUAGUCAGCUCAUGUUAUUUACUCCAAUUCGGAUCUUUAAUUUGUACAUUAUUAAGAUUUAUUUAUUUAUUUUUAUUUAUCUAUCAACGGAAAAAAUAUAUAUUAUUUCUGCUACUAAUUUCCUCUUCUUCUUUUUCCCCCCUCUCAAAUCAUGUGUUCCACUUUAUAAUCUUAUGGUGUAACCGUGUAACCGGAUGUAGAUAUUGAUGUGAAUUUGAGAAA